AUGACCAGCUUUGAGAGUCAUCAUCAUCAACAACGCGAUUGGGACAGUCUUGGGCUCAACGACAAGUCAAUAGACUUUGUGAACAACACUCUGGGGUUCUCCCAUCCUACUCCGGUUCAAUCCGUGGGUAUCCCAUUAUUCUUGCAACGGAAAGAUGUUGCCUGCGAGGCGGCUACUGGUAGCGGCAAGACGUUGGCGUUUGUCUUGCCUAUCAUGGAGAUGAUGGCUAAUCGGCUUGGGAAGGAUGAGGAUUGUUCCUCGGAGUUUAUCAUCCCGGAGUCUGCAAGUGUUGGAGCAGUUAUACUCUCCCCUACUAGGGAGUUGGCUACUCAAAUUCACGAUAUAAUUAUGCAGUAUAUCCAUGCGAACCCUAAUCCCCAAUUGAAGUGUUACUGCUUUGUCGGUGGUAGAGACAUCCAUGCAGACCGUGCUGUGAUAGAGGGAGCAAAGGGCUCGUCGUUAAUACUCGUUGGCACUCCGGGAAGAGUUCGCCACAUCCUUUGCGAGAAGGAAGUAGACAGUCCGUUGAGGAUCAAAACCGCUGAGGUUUUAGUUUUGGAUGAGGCAGAUCGUCUUCUGGCGCUGGGCUUUGAGAAAGAUAUGUCGGACAUCUUCGCCGUGUUGCCGAAGCAGCGCCGUACUUGUCUAUUCUCCGCUACACUGGCGGGUGCUGAGAUCAAGCAGCUCGUCAGGAAGGCUGGUCUGAGAAAUCCUGUCCAUGUAAAUGCCUUUACCAGGGAUCGAACCGGAGUAGCAUUUGUGAACCCAGUGGGGAAUCCUUCCACCACGUACGAUCUACCCAAAGGCUUGGAGAACUACUAUAAAGUGAUGCCGCAACGCGAAAAGCUCGCUUGGAUGAAACGGUUCGUUGAAUCUCGAACUAAGGGUAAUAGUUCGAAGAUAUUAGUAUUCUUCCUUACAUGCGCAUCGGUUGACUAUCAUUACGCUAUAUUAAACGAGGUAUGGACGAAGAAGGGUGGUAAUAGGAAGGUGGCAUGGGGUGGUAAGCAUGGGAUAAGCCUCCAUCGACUCCAUGGUCAUAUGACGCCAUCAGCUCGUCACAAGGCAUAUAAAGCAUUCAGCGAAGGCAUGAAGGAAAAUGGAUCUACUAACGUCAUGCUCGCGACAGAUCUAGUAGCUCGCGGAGUCGACAUUCCGCAGGUGGAUUGGAUCAUCCAAUUCGACCUUCCCCAGUCUCCAUCAUUCUUCAUCCAUCGUGUUGGACGGACGGCAAGGGCUGGAAGGGAGGGACAGGCAAUCGCAUGCAUGCUAGACAGCGAGGUGGAUGGGUACCUCUCCUUCCUCAAGUGUCGAGGAGUAUCUUUAGCGAAAUGGAAGGAUGAAGCCGACAAUGAGAGUUACGUUCAAGAGCACGCAGCUGAGAUGUUGGAACAUAUCCGUAAAACGUACAACGAGAAAUCGCGUGACUUCCUGGAUAAGGCAGUUGCAGCUUUUGUAUCGUUCGUUAGAGGAUACUCUGAGCACGAGCUUAGUUUCGUAUUCAAUAUAAAAGAGCUCGAUCUAGGCGAUGUUGCGACAUCAUUCAGCCUCUUAAGGCUCCCGCGAGUAAAAGAAAUCAUGGGCCGUCAGAUUGAAAACUUCGUUCAAUCCGAAGUACUUCCAGACUCCGUCGCUUACCCUGAUGCGACAAAGGAAGCAGCUCGACAGGAGCGAUUGAAGAAGAUGGAGAUUGAGCGAGAAGAGCGGAGGAAGAAACGAGAGAAGAUUAGUCAAAAAUCAAAUGUUGUCCGGAGUCGUACUGAGAAGAGGGAGUGCCGUCGGACCACGACUCAGCAUGAAUUGGAUUCCCUUCAACGUGAGGAGGCUUUGGUGAAGAAACUAAAGAAAGGUAAGAUAUCUAGGAAGCAGUUUGAGCAUGAGAUGAAGAUAAUGGAUGGUAUGGAUGAUGAUGGUGAAGAGGAUGAGGAGGGGGAGGAGGAGGAGAGUAGCACUAACGAAGAUGCUAAGGAGGUUGUCGGAGGAGGGGGAGGAGCUUUGGUCACUAAGAAACGGAUAAGGAAAGAUGUAAUGAUGAAUGCUUGA